AUGUCCAGCUAUAUCUACUUCCGCGUCACUGGCUCUGUUCAGGGUGUCAUGUUCCGAAAGAGCACGCUUCAGCAGGCCCAUAAUCUGGACCUGCGUGGCUGGGUGCGCAACGAGCCUGACGGCACGGUGUCGGGUGAGGCGGCAGGCGCGACGGAGCAUGUACAGCGGCUGUAG